CAUCACUCCUCCUGCUGCCGAAACUCCACGCAUAUGCGACGUGAUUCUCAUCUUUUAUUGUGAGCGACACAGAAGAGCAGCCCCUGGUCCACUAUGGCAGACGAUGACUUCUCCACCGCAGAUGCUGGUGCCUCAGCUACAUUCCCCAUUCAGUGCUCUGCACUGAGGAAGAAUGGCUUUGUCAUGCUGAAAGGACGUCCCUGUAAAAUAGUUGAGAUGUCUACCUCCAAGACUGGAAAGCAUGGGCAUGCCAAGGUGCAUCUUACUGGAAUCGACAUUUUUACUGCGAAGAAGUAUGAAGAUAUCUGUCCCUCCACACAUAACAUGGAUGUCCCAAAUGUGAUAAGAAAGGAUUAUCAGGUACUCGAUAUCAUCGACGGCUUCCUGACCCUGAUGGAAGACAACGGAGAGACCAGAGAGGAUCUCAGGCUGCCAGACGGUGACAUGGGCAAAGAAAUUGUGAAAAAACUAGAGAGUGGAGAUCAGUUUCUGGUGACUGUGUGGAGAGCUGUGGCUGACGAAUCUGUAGUUGGCAUUAAGAACAUGACUCCUAUUUAGACCAUGGCAACAGUGGAGACCUCAGAUUCCUAUCUGCCCUCUGUGGUUUUAAAGCUUCACCAAAGCUGCUGGCCUUCACCACUCAUCUCAACCUGUGCUCCACUUCGUUCUUCUCCUCUCCUGCUGUAAGCUGAAAUUCUAGAAACUGGACUCAGUCAGUUUCAGCUGCACUUCACACUCAGACCAGCCUGUCCAUUCAUUGCUUUCAUAGCACCACUGUGUAGCACAUGCCAGGUACUAUAAGAGGAGUCUUUGACCAUGUUCCACAAAAUCAUAUCAUUCAGAUAAAGGUGCAUUUUGUUUGCACGCCAGCUAGCUAACUUCAGUUUCAAUUAAAAAAAACAAAAAAACAAUCCCAUCAGCUGCAUUGCAGCUCCCCUCCAAUGAAAAUCUGUCUCUGUUUUCACUUUGCAUUCACACAGCUCAAGCUUUAGCAUCCGUGGGUUUUUACGUAGAUCACAAAGUUUCUUUCUUUUUCUCCUCUUGCACUGCAGAGCUGCAGGCAAGUUUUCGACUGCAUGUAGCCCGGUCCCAAGGUCAGUGCUGUCCAGCUGACAACUGUGCUGUCUCAGCAGCCCAAACAGGCUGGAGCACACAGGGUGAGGCAGUUUUCUUCCUCUACGCUAAGAAACUUAAUGUUUUUGUUUUUUGUCUUCACUUGAGGCCUUCACAAGUUGGCAACUGUAAAGAAAUUACUUUGAAGGAAGAAAAAAAAGAAACACAGCAAAUCGAUGUUAAAUAUACAUAUAAACGUUAGCAAAUCUUACCUAAAGCAAACUGCAUCUGGAGAAGAUAAGAUCGGAAUGUGUAGCAAAAAAAAGGAGGAGUUGACGUUUUUGGAUUUGCAUGAUGCAACCAUAGUUAAGGGGAAGCGAAGGAAUAUAAUGUCGCUGCUUGGCGACUUGUGGGAGAGCUGUAGGAAACACUUUAGAGAGUUUGUGUGCAGAGUUUGGACUCUAAUAUAUGACUGCACAGAGACUCUCCUGGAUUUGUAUAAAAAUAAUGCUAAUCUUUAAAAAAAAAAAAUUUAAUUAAGGGUGUUGCUGUUAAGGGUGAUAAACACUGGACAUUUGAGUCUCCUGCUGAACAGUGCUUUAGAGAUAUUUUAAACUUUUCACAUUACAACCUCAAGAUUCAAUGUUUUUUUCUGUUGUUGUUUUUUUCAAAUGGACCAAUACAGAGUGGUGUGUGGUUAAAAUCUGAAGAGCACAAGGGCAACUUAAAAAGUCACACCAUUAAGAUUUUUCUUUGCAGAGAAUACAUAAUUUGUGUCGGUCUGUCACAUAAAACAACAAUAAAAUGAAACGCUGAGGUCCGUAGUUGUAACUGGACGAAGUCUUCAAAGAGUACUUUUGCUAGGUGCUGGAUCCAUUUAGGUGCAAGAGAACCUGCUUUUCCAAGCAUGUACUUUCACCCCUACCACCUGAUGAAAACACAAAAUAAAAAUAUCUUCUAAUUAUAUUAAUAAUAUCUUGGAAGCAGUGUAGCCUAGGGAUUAUCUUGAGUUGUUUACAGUGCUCUGAAAGAAGCAUAACAUGUUUUGAGGGAGUUUGUCUUUAUCAAUUGCAUGUGUUCAGAAGAAACAAAUUUCUGCCAGUGAGCUGUGGGAAGGACGCAUUUAGAUUUAGAGGAAGCUCUUCUGCUGAACGAGAAGGAAUAAAAGCAAUACUUUAAGGUACUUUUAAAGUUUUCCUCCACAAUGAUGUUUUUAAAUCCUCUUAAAAGUUUAAAGGUAACUGGUUUCUGCAGCAGAAUCCCUCAAUCCCUUAGAGUGGGUGAGGAAAAUGUUUACAUGAUGCUUAAUGACAUCAGGUCACUGCUCAAAAGUUGAUGGUAAAUAGAUUUUUUUUUUUAUUUGUGUAAAGAUGCAGAUUGUAAUGGAGCAUUUGAAGGUUUUCUGUCCAGUUUUUGUACAACAGCAGCUGGUCUGUUACUUUUGUCUAGGCUUCAGGCAUCCUAAAGUAUUUGAUUUUCAGUUUAGUUUAUUAUUAUUAAAACACCAAAAUAGUUUGCUAUAUUUUUUUUAUUUGUGAUUAUUCUAUUGCUAAGGAAUUGGUAGCUUAAAAAGUGGCUUUUAAUUCGAAGCACCAGUUUGAUAUUUGUGAAUAAAUCAGAGAAAGUAUGUCUAUGAGCCCUCAUUCUGAACUUUGCAAGAUGAAUAACUUGUACAAAUGUUAAUUAAGCACUCUAGCACUUUGCCGUGUCCGGUUUUAUUUUAUUUAUUUAUUUUGUGUGUACAUGUGCCUGUACAAAAAUAAAGUUUUGCCUCUUUAAAAAUGUAUUACAAAUUCCUAAUAUCGAAGUAACUUCUAUCCUCAUGGCAUCCAAAGAGGAAGUUUCUUUCUCAACACAUUAGUUCUCAUCUAUAUAUAAGUAAGUCAAUUUUUGUUUGUUUUAAUUCUUUCAUUUAGACAAGCGUCUCCUUAAGCUUCUUCCAAGCAACUAAAAUGCCAAUCUGGACUUCCAGGAGUUAAGCUAACUUUGUGAAUCAUCUAGUACACUGCAUUAAAAGUUUGUAUUUCAGUUGAUAACACACAAAGGUGGUAUACAACAUCCUCUUAAAAAAUUGUGACUGUUAUUUGUUUAAGCAUUUUUUUUAACAACCAAAACUGGAGACACAGGCUUCUGACCACAGAUCCAUGAGUUGUCACCCUUCUCACUUUUGUUUUAUCCUCAUCCAGCGUCGAUGCUGAAUAAAGUAGCAAUGGCUAAAGUCCAGUGUUUUGUUCUGUCUUUGGUCCAACUCGGUGUGCAUUAUUGAUUAGAAUUGAGGAAAUGCAACAUAACUAAACAUAACGACUGCAGGUUUCCCUCAACCACCUCUUCACAAAGCAGUUCCUACAGAAAAAAACAAAAAAGCUCUUUCUGAUCAUUCAUUCAUUCUGAUUAUCAGGUAUUGCUAUUCAACUCUAAGGUUCUUGGUGCUUUAAUGGAAUGUCUUCUGUUUAAAGCACUAAGCGUGUUAGAAAAGCCUGCAUGAACAUCAUGACAUAAACUUGCAUAUGUCUCGGGAAUGCUGUGAGUUGCAAAUGAAGGCUUUUGGGUAAUCACAGUGCAUGCUAUAAAAGGACAUAAAACCUGUAAUCCUGACUGAUCGAGGAUAAAGUAAACUAUAAUGGCGUCUUCAUUGUUUUGUGUUCAUUGCAAAACUGUGAUCUGAAACGGGCUGAAGAGAUGACCAGAAGGAAUCAAGAGUGUUUUCUGAACGUGGCUGUUCACUUAGGUAAAUGGUUUCA